AUGAGUCCAAAUGCUCUCGUCCAACGACUUCGGGGAACCGUCGAAGAGACUAUCGCCCUCUUCCGGGAGCACGGUCGCUUACUACUAGUAAAUGUCGCGGAUAUCAACAUCCAGUUAAUACGCUUGGAAGCAGAUACGUGCGCACCGCUAUCAACGAAAAAUCAACGCACUGAAGAGCAAAAUGGAGGAUCGGGAAGGGAAGUUGCGCGACGUGGUGGCGUGCAGGCGGAGUGGCCUGAGCAUGGAUCACAGCGAAGGAGAAGCUCCAAGGCUCCUUUGCCAAACCUAGAAAUCUCAGUCGAUAGGAAACAUUGCCGCAUGCCAAUACGCAUCGUAUACAACAUCGAGAGUGCUCCUAGUGCAAGCCCCAACGCCGCCGGCGCCAACGUCAAGAAUACGGUGACACGCGAAGCAGUGGGGAUAACGGGGAAGCUAUCGCAGAGAACCAUGAAUUCGGUUUAUGCCAAAGCGCCAGUAAUAGCCCCACCAGAGUUUCAAGGUAUAAAAGGGACCGAGAAUCAAACUGGCAAGUUCAACAGCAGGGCUAUCCUUAGAUUUGGUUCAGAUUUUCUCUUCGUAAUGGCCUCCGAUAUGGCCUCUAACAUUCAGAGGGAGCUGUUUCGUGGCGCUUUACAUAGGACCGGAGAUAGGGGAUCAACAUGA